GUGUGUGAAACCAGGACACCACUACUGGCCACUGUGGGCGCAGCGUCUCUGUCUGCAACACAACACAACACACACAACACACACAACACAACACAACACAACACAACACACUGCAUUGCACUGCAUGCACAAGCAGCCACUUAGCUGUGGCCGGUACUGUUGGUUUGGUGGACGAUGAGCUCCACUGCCUUGGACAAGAGGCCUUGGUCCUUUCUUCUGUUCUGCAUUUUAUUUAUGUCAAUUAUCGAUGGCGUUUUUACCGCUCCAGAGACUGGAUAUUGGACUAUUACAGUUGUCAAUACGUCAAGACCUUUGUUAUUAAAAAAAUCCAUGUACAAAGCCACUGACAUCCAGUUAAAAGUCUCUUCCUUUAACUGUCCCGCUGAGGUGUCGUUUGGUAUUCAGUGGUAUUUAAAGUUCUACCCGUGUCACAAUGAAUUCAGUAACAUAGAGGAAAUGUAUGAUAGGACACCACUGAGUAGAGGAGAGGGUCUAGACCCCAAUCCUCUUGCACCUGGAGAGUACAUCGAACACAAGUACAGAAUAUUAACCUGCAACAAUGGGAUCCAGUUUUUCCCCAUGCUAAACAAAUCCCAAGCCGAGCCCAGAACAGUGGCUCCACAGCGAGAGGAUUUGUAUAAUGAUGCCAAUUACACCAGGUGGCUUACAGCAGAAGCUGAAGUUAAACCAGGUAUAAAGGAUCAUGUCAUUGCUACGACAUGGAGAGACGGACCGUAUCUACUUGUGGUAAAGAUCGAGACUGAUAAAAGGGACGUCGAUUGGAAUUUAACCUUCACUGUGAUAAUGAAAGGAGAUCAUGGUUACAUCUCAGUCACAGAAUGGCCUCUUAUGAUCUUCUACAUGGUGAUGUGCAUUGUCUACAUUUUGUACGCUCUACUCUGGUUCAUGUGGGCUUCUUGCUACUGGAAAGACCUGCUGCGUAUCCAGUUCUGGAUAGCUGGCGUCAUCUUCCUGGGCAUGAUCGAGAUGGCAGUCUUCUGUGCCGAGUAUGAGAACGCUAAUGCUGUCGGCUCAGCAACUCAAGGCUUGCUGGUUUUUGCCGAGCUCGUCUCCGCUCUGAAGAGAACACUAGCACGACUCUUGGUCAUCAUCGUCAGUUUGGGCUACGGAAUAGUCAAGCCUCGCUUGGGGACUGUCAUGCACAGAGUCGUGGGUCUGGGAGUCCUCUACUUUGCCUUUGCUGCCAUUGAGGGCAUUUUGAGGAUUACAGGGGGCCGGGACAGUGUGCCAUCUCUGCUCACUGCCAUUGUAAUGACUGUGUUUGACUCCAGCGCUACGUGGUUCAUAUUUGUUAGUCUCGCACAAACCAUAAAGACUCUAAAACUCCGGAGAAACCCGGUGAAGUUGUCAUUGUACAGACACUUCACCAAUACCCUCAUCUUUGCUGUAAUCGCCUCGGUCAUUUUCAUGGUAUGGACAACAAAGAAAUUCCGAUUAGCAGACUGCCAGGCUGACUGGAUGGAGCUCUGGGUAGAUGACGCCUUCUGGAGGUUUCUGUUCUCUAUAAUACUGCUGGUCAUCAUGUUUCUCUGGAGACCAUCUGCAAAUAACCAAAGAUAUGCAUUCACACCUUUAAUUGAUGAUUCAGACGACGAAGAGAUUGAAGAGUUCUUGGUGUCUGCAAAUAUUUCUGACGGCAUAAAACUACGAGCCAAUAAGACCGAGACUAACGGAGCAGCGAAACCCCUUGUGCCGAGUGUGGACGAAGACCUGAAGUGGGUGGAAGACAACAUUCCUUCCUCCUUAACAGAUGUUGCUCUGCCUGUUCUUCUCGACUCGGAUGAGGAAAUCAUGACGACAAAAUACGAGAUGUCAAAAAUGCAGUGAGAGCACAAACAAACGGCUUCCUUCAGAGAACAAAGGCGGCGGCGCUGCUGCUCCCACUACCGCUACAACGUCCGACAGACAGGUGAAGAGUUUGGCGGUGGAUCUGAAAAGAAGAGGAAUUCUGUUUCUAAUCACAGGAGAAUCCUGACUCACCUCAACAGUCCUGCCUGUAUUCAAGCCUUUUAUAUCUAAUGUGAAAAAUUACUUGAUUAUUUUUUUUUCUCCCCCAGAAGUACAAGUACUCCUUCAUACAUUUUAUAAGCAUUCCAUUUUUUAAAAAAAUCACAAAAUCCAUCAAUCAAAACAGAAAUGAUUUUGCGCGAUCUUGGGUUUCGAAUGUUUUUUUUUUUCUUCAGUUUUUUUUCCCCCCUAAAAGGACAUAAAAUUAAAGGACCAAUGAUGGUCUUUAUCUGUGAAAAUGAAUCUGAAAUUCUGUUCAGGCAUCCUUUAUACUUAUAUACUUAUUAUUUUCUCAUAUAUUUCAUGUUAUUUUUAGUUUCAUGGUGUCCAAGCCAUAAUGUUUCUGAAAAUACAGUUGUGUUGAACAGAAUCUUCUGCUUCAUGUGUGACUAUACAGAUGUUGAAUGGGUGAUGAGGAAAAUCAGACACAAAAGUAUGAACUCCAGUCUGGAUGUUAAUUUCUGAACCGUGCUGGAUUACGUUAACAUGGAGCAAAAUGUGCAUCUCGCAUCAAAGAGCAAUAUAAAGUUAAUAUUCCUCCUUUUGCCUAGCACUUUGUUUCUCAUUUUAAUCACAAGCCUUAAAAACACUACAAAUUACCAGAUGAUUGAGAAUUGUAGGAUCACACAUUUUCCUUUUUUCCCCCCCAGAGAAAAGCACAGUUUGCCAUGCAGAGAUACAGAAAUCUACCCACAGGACAACCGUUGUGAUUUAAAGGCGUUCAGUUAGAAUGUGUCAUUAUCUCCUUGUGUGUUGUUCGUCAAUGACAAAAUGCAUUCAUUUCAAUUGAGUGAUUUUUUUUCUAAUUUAUUUAUUUUUGCCACAAGCACAGUGGUUAGUCUGAUUGAUUCUGUGCAAUAUAUUUUUUUUUAACUUGAGGAUUUUCUAUCUUCUGGAUUUUUUUUUUUUUUUUACCUUGCUGUGGAAUCUCUGGAUUCUUCUUUUUCAGAUUUGUUUCAUUUUGUCCAUUGCGUCAAUUUUUUGUCAUGCAUGUUUUCCAUGUUUAUGUCGAUUUGCUUCAAAUGUAAAUAAAGAUUCUUUAUUUAUGGGUC